UGUCAAUCAUCUUGGACAGCAAUCGAACUCCGCUCGAGUCAGUCAAGUGGCAAAUGCCAACGUGCAACGCCGUCGCAGCCGUCAAGAAAGGCGCUUCGAACUGUCAGAGCCGGAAACCAAUAGAAGUCAAAGCGUGUCAUCGACAUCGGUAUGGAAAAGAUGUGUGCAGUGUCUCAAGCCCCCCUCGUGAUGGGGCUCUGCGUCGCCUUACUGUCGCUGGCCCUCACAAACGCACUCGAAUGCUAUGUUUGUACCUAUUUGGAUGGCUACAGUGAUGACUCCUGUGUAAGGAAUGCCAGUGCCGUCAAGGUUCUCAACUGUCACAAGAAGUACUGCCUGACGAUGCGGCAGGAAUCAAUUCGCAAUGCGAGCAAAGUGAUAUCCUUUUUACGUGACUGCCAGGACAGGCCAAUGAUGCCGAAUGGAAACACGCCGGACGGAUCCUUCCGCACCUACUACAGAUCCUGCCAGCAGAACCUCUGCAACGGCCACAACGGACGCCUCAAGAACUCCACGGGUGGCUCGGCCAGCAGCAGUGGCAUCCACAAUGCCAUUGUGCCGGGCAAGAAUACGGGCCGCAGCAGCCAUGGCAACCUCCAUGGAUUCGGGGCAUUCGGGCUCGGCCUAUUCAUUCUGUUACCCAUUCACCUCCGAUUCUGCUUGCCCCAGCUGCAACUAGCAUGGGCAUGAGCAUGAGAAUUGUCCAAGCCAAGGGGAAACGCAGCAGAAAAAGUAUGGAAUAAAAAGUUCGAGCUCUA